CCGCUGCAUGGCUAUGUCACUCAAAGCUGAUUGGAGCUGUGGACAUUUUUCUGGUCUAAAGUCAUGCCAUCCGAGCCAUUUAAUUGGAAACCCACUGACAGACGGGGUGCGGCAUUCCGCUGCUGCCAGACGCUGAUUGUCUUGCGUUAAAGUCGCGUUGGACGCGAACAUGUUGAAGGGGAUUUGGCUGAGCGGUGAGAAUUGUGGGCUACGGUCGGGGCAUCUUGUGAAGACUUUUCUGUGACGGUACCCUGGUGACUGCGACGGGAGGGCAGGUGCGCGCCUACAAGAGAGGACUGACAAAAAAACCUCGGCGUCUCUGUGCCAAAAAGACAGGUCGCGGUUGAAUUGAACAGCGCGAGCAAGUCCGGACAGCUGUACAGCCGGAGUAAAAACUAACUUAUUGACAUUAAGAGGAUCGAAUAAAGGGGAAGGUCUAACCGUAAUUUCCUCUUGCCCCGUGUUACAGUUCUCAAGGAGGAAUAAAUGAUCACCACAACAAGACGAGUAUCUCCUGACAAACCCGAAGUUAGAAUCGCCUUCAGCCUUGAUGGGCACAAAGAGCUGAAAGAUGAUGAGGCAUUACUUACAUCUUUCCCUGACCUGGAGCAGCAGCUACAGCCACUGCCCCCCUGUCAGUCGGUGAAAGAGUCAGUGCAAGUGUACAGGGACCACUGCAAGAUGGCCACCGAGUUCCACCAGGUCAAAACCGAAAUUGCACUGCUGGAGGACCGAAGGAAGGAGCUGAUCGCCGAGCUGGUGGAGGACGAGAAGGCAUCCAUGGACUUUGCCCGUCUGGAGGAGGAGUUCCGGGUCCUGACGGAGGAGAACCAGAGCCUGGUCUCGGUCCACAGCGAGCGCUUCCAGGAGCUGGAGACUCUGCGGGUGCUGAGUCAGAAGAGACCCGGGUCGUCCUGACCUUUGACCUCUAACCCCCCCCCCCCCACUCCCGCGCCCCCUCCUGAGUGAAUUCCGCAGUGUGAGGGUGUGGUCCAAACUGCCGUGCAGGGACCUGAUAGGCUCAUUCAUCGGAGAGGGGCGGUCCACAGUCAUUGCGUUGCCUCGUGUUUUUUUUCUUUUUGUCCAUAUUGUUUCCAGAACACGUGGGAAUAUAUUGAUUUCUGCGUGUUUGAUGGAUACUUGUAAAACCCAGGUGUGCAUUUUCCUACUGAAUUGUAUUAGAAUAAGUGUAAAAGGGAAAGAGGCAAGUCACUAAUGUUCGUAUGUUUGACCUCUGCGGUACCCUGUUUGUAUUCUACAGGAAGAACCUCAGCCUGUUAAGACGAUGUAUUUGAUUGAUCAUUUGAAAAUGCCAGUCACUGGAUUAACGCUGAAUAAAAGUCAUGUGAAUGCAAA